UUGUUUCUCUCAGUAACGGCUGCACUGCUUCUGCAAGUAGAACUCGCCCCGGUAACGCUGAGUUGUUCAAAUUGUGUUUGUACAGGAGACAUAAUUAACUGUCGUGGCAUCGGUCUAACAACGAUGCCACAUAUUCCAAAUAAUUUUGGAACUUACCAUCGGUUAGACCUCAGCAACAAUUCUAUAGGGACACUCCACAGCCAUGCAUUCCGUGGCCUAAAUCAACUACGUGAUCUAGACUUAAGCGAUAAUCAUUUGACGACCAUUGAUCGUCAUGCUUUUGCUGAUAUUGCCAAUAUUACUCGACUUAGUAUUGCAAGUAACCAACUAACAUCACUUCCAGACGCUUUGAAUGACCUCAGUAAUCUGGAAGCUUUAGACGUUACCGAUAACCCAAUCCCUCCCGAUACCCACAUUGGAUUUAAAAAUGAUAUCAUGCGACAUCUUGGUGGUAAGCUCAAAGAAUUUCAUUUCGGAGAUGACAUUAUAACAACAUGGCCACAAUCUACGAACCAUCUUCAAGCACUUGAAAUCCUGGAUUUAAACGGGGGCAACAUUGGCUACAUCCCACCUUUUUUCACGGACGGUUUUCGAAGCCGCCUUCGUAGUCUUACAAUUCGGAACACAAGAUUGCCAACCACUCCAAUACUUACAGGAUUGCGAAGUCUUAAAGAGCUUCACCUUGAUAAUAAUCCAUUCCAUGACUACGGUGUACUGGAAAAUUCCUUCACGGGACUCGACGCCUUAGAGACAUUGAGUUUAAACAGCGAUCUACUCACAAAAUUUCCUCCAAUUCUCCAACACCUUCCAAAUCUAGUAAGCGUUGCCUUGGACGGAAAUAGUUUCUAUUACAUCAGCGACAAUGCCAUUACUCUGAUCCAUGGAACAAACAUUACAGAACUGAGUCUCCGAGACUGCAAUUUAGACCGCGUUCCCGGUGCCCUCACGGGAAACACUCUUUAUCAGCUCACAAAAAUAGAUCUAUCUAAUAAUAAUAUUAACAGUAUUGAACGGUAUGACUUAGAUGGCCUUCAUAAUAUCCGAAACCUAUCAAUGUCCAACAAUCCUUUGCAAUAUGUGUCGUCACAUGCGCUGAAUUUGACUUCUCUCCAGUUUCUUGAUUUGAGCAAUACCCAGUUGACAACUGUCCCCAAGGCAAUACAAAAUAUACCAAAUUUGAGAAAGCUGAACCUAGGCAACAAUGAAAUUGACUGUACUUGUGAUCUCAUCUGGUUCCAAAAACUGGUCAACCCUCAACAUGCAACAUUAAAUUUGACCGGAAGUUGUGAAACAAUAGAUCGCACAGUUCUAGAGUAUCUUGCUCAAUUCAUUCCUAAGUGCCCUGAUUAUCUCAGUUCGCUGUCACUUUCGAAUCCAACAAAAUGAAACAAUGACCUUUUAGAAGAUUCUGAUUGUC